CCGCAAAAUGGCUGCCGCGGUGACCGCUGCGAGGGCAGGCCGUGGGGGGCUACGUUCGGCUCCCCGUUAUGGGCAGCCUCGGGGUUCGCGCGGUGGAGGGAGGCUGCUGUGCCCGGCGAGCUGCGGAGGGGGCGCGCCGGCGGUGGCUGUGGCGGCUGCUUCUAGCCAGCCGGCCGCUGGAGAAGAGGAGCCCUACUGCAUGGAAUUGGUGCGGAAACGUGACUAUGAAGGCUUCCUCUGUUCAUUACUACUGCCAGCAGAAUCGCGCUCUUCUGUUUUUGCCCUGAGAGCUUUCAAUAUAGAACUGGCUCAGAUUAAAGAUGCAGUAACUCAGAAGACCAUUGGGUUGAUGCGUAUAGAGUUUUGGAGGAAAGCUGUAGAAGACAUAUAUCGUGAUAAUGCACCCCAACAGCCUGUUGCUAGAGAACUGUGGAAGGCUAUCAAGAGACAAAACUUGACCAAAAAGUGGCUUAUGAAGAUUAUUGAUGAACGGGAAAAGAAUUUGGAUGAUAGAGCGUAUCGGAAUAUCAAUGAACUGGAAGCAUAUGCAGAAAAUACUCAGAGUGCACUCCUUUAUCUUACACUGGAAAUACUUGGUGUGAAGGAUAUCCAUGCUGACCAUGCUGCCAGUCACAUCGGGAAGGCGCAAGGCAUUGUGACCUGCUUAAGAGCAACUCCGUACCAUGCUAGCAGAGGGAAAGUGUUUCUGCCUGUGGACAUGUGUAUGCUGCACAGUGUUUCGCAAGAGGAUUUCAUAAGGCAUAAACAGGAGCAAAAAGUGAAAGAUGUAAUAUAUGAUGUUGCCAGUCAGGCGCAUGUUCAUCUGGAACACGCUCGGUCCUUCAGAAAGAAUGUUCCUGUUAAAGCUUUUCCUGCCUUUCUUUACACAGUUGCUCUUGAGGAUUAUUUAAAUAAAAUACAGAAAGCUGAUUUCAAUAUAUUUCAUCCAAGCUUGCACCGGAAGAGUCCUUUAUUACCUCUGCAGUUGUAUAUUAGGUCCUGGAAGAAAACAUAUUAAAGAGUCUUUAAUCUGAGACUGACCUCUGAGGUUUUUCUCCCUGCUUCCUUUCCUUUCUGAUUGUAUUUUAUUUACAUUAUUAUUAUCAUGAUCCCAUCUUUUAUCUGAAGGGCUUAGGGCAGCAUACAUUGCAUGGAAGAACAACAUGAACAGCCUUUGCAGACACAUCUAAUGCUCUACACCUAGCUGUAAUGUCCCAUGAGGGAAGAGUAAUCUGAAUUAAGACUGGCCUUCCUAUUUGUGUGAACUGCAUAAACUACAGUGGAUAUUCCCAUUUAUUGUACGAAUCACAUAAAACGUUAU